AAAAUAGCCUUUUCGCCGUUAUAACUACAGAUGAAGGUAUUCAUUUGGAGUACGUUGCAGCUAUUGCUCCUGCAGAACGUUAGUGGAUCUCCAGUAGGUGAGGAGACCUUCGAUGGAGUUCCUCGGUUGCGUGGCCCGACUUUUUGUGGAAGAAGCUCAGCAAAUAUUAAAGAAGGCUUUAUUGAGUGAUGGAGGAACAAGUGUAUGCAGUCAUCUGCAGAGAGUUUUCAACUCUAGUGAGAAACUAAACUUGGUAGAGUAUGGAUCACAACCUCCAGAUCACAGCUUGCUGGAUGAUACAAACCUCUUAUGGAGUGGAUCAGCCACUCUUCAAAAAGAUACUGUCUAUUUGACACUUCAAGCUGAAGAUGAAGGUCCAGUACUGUUUGUGUCACCAACUGCACAUAAUUCACCAACACUCGGAAAUGUUUUUAAUGAAACAUCGAAUGACAUAAUAUUGCAGAACAGACUACUAAACAUGACAUACAACUGUGCAAGUAAAAAACUAUCUAUCCAUAUUGAUGUCAGUUCGCCAACAGCAGUUAUUAAGAAUGUCCUAAGUUUCAACAGAUUCACAUUUUCCCUCUCAAUGGUUGUUGACUCAAGAGACGCAUUUGAGACUGCUGUGUUUAGUGGGUCAACUACCUUUCUUGAUAUUCCAGCCUUUGUUGCUGUCAGGUUCAAAUAUGCCACUAGAGCUGUAGAUAUAAGAGGCGUUCCCACUGAAAGGAGUAUAACCCUUGAAAAGGCAUUAGAAGCGAUAUCAGUUGAUGGACUAAAGAUGCCUACAAAUAAUAUCCGGGAGCUUUCGAAUGUUGCACUUUUUGGUAAAAUAGAGAAAGGUAUGACUACUUUUGCUAUGGAAGGCAGGAGUAAUGGCUGUACGGUUGUGCUGCUUCAUGAACUAUCAAACAACAGCAGCAAUGCUGCUCUAAUAGCUUGCAUUAGCAGUAUUGGUUUACAGGAACUCAUCAUGGCAGUAUCAGAUACCAAUAUAUCCAGGACACCCAUCUAUUCUGACUUAGCGGUCUCAAACCUGCGCUUCUCUUCAGCUACAGGUGAAAUCUCAACACCUCUGUUGUCCCAGAUCUUCCCAACAAACUCUCCAUUGGCAGUGUUUGGUAGCAGGAUUCACAGUGGAAUCAGAGCCUAUCUCACUGCCCAAAUAGCUGGAGUUAGCAUGACUGGGAUAUUGAGCCAUAAGAAACUGGUUUUUGAAGUUCCCAGCGGUACACAAAUCCAACUGAGUAAACUACUAAGUAGUUAUCCUCCUCUCAGUGGUUUGGGGUCAUUUCCUCUGGUGGGAAGGAGUAUAAUUGACUCUAGAGUAUCAAGGGUUUCGUAUGAUCCUGACAGUAAGCUUUUUGUGCUAAGUUCACACUUGCCCAAACUCCUCCUUAUUCCAAACGUGAUGCUUCUCUCGAAUGUUGCCUUAGAUAUCAAUGCUACACUUCAGCAGACGCUGUCAGUUACACAAUUAAACCUAACAAGCAGUUGGCUCUUUGGGUCACUCAAUGUAACCACACAAUUGUCAUACAAUGGUACUGAGGGGGUGUAUCAUGUGAGGGGGUUCACAACUCAAACUCUACAAAUCAAUGACCUGUUUAGGAAUAUACUUGGAUCCGAUCUUCCCAGUGCCCUGAAGUCCCUUACUCUGACCACAGCAGUGGGGAGCAUAUACAGCAAUGGUAACUACAUCAUAAUAUUCAGUGGCAGUCUUAGGGAGGGGAAGGUUUGUCUAGUUUUUCUCAAAGACAGCACUGGAACAAAGCUUGGUCUUGUGGCUAGUGUCAAAGGAACGAGGCUGUCGGAUUUGGUCCACUCUGCAAACGGAGUAGAUAUAAGUGGAACGCCGUUCUUUGGGGACCUAAAUAUUUCCAUGGCGGUAUCAAUAGCAUCUGCUCCCAUUGAGAAAAGCAGGCUAAUUAACAUACUACCCAAAGAGAUUAACAAAGUCUUCCCUACUGAUGGUGAUAUGUUUCCAGUUGGAGUUGUUUCCCAUUUUAGAAUUAAUGUGUCUGGCACCAUUGGCACAGACUGCACAUUGAGCAAUGGUAUAGUGAAAUGUACCUCUCUAAAGUCAGCUAACUUCACAGUCAAACACCUGGCAAGAGAGAUACCUGGUUUGAGGAAGGCGAUAGAUGAGCUUCCUUCAGAGAUAUCAAGUGUUAUUAAUGCCAAGGUAAACACAUUUUCUUUCAAUUCAACCACUAAUGAAUUCAUCAUUGGAAUGGAAAUGAAUAAGUUGGUAUUUGUCAAGGAAUUUCUGUCACUCUCUGGAGUAAGGAUAAGGUAUGAAGGAAGAUUGGGCUCAGUCAUUAGUACAACCUCUAUUGAAAUUGAAGGCACAUGGCACAUCUCAGAG